AUGGUAAAAUCUUUGAAACAAAUAAACUCCACAGUAAUUUCAUUAAUUCCUAAAGUCACAGCGCCUGAGUGGGCAAGCCAAUUCAGACCUAUAUCAUGUUGCAACAUCAUCUACAAGUGUAUAGCAAAACUAUUGUGCUUGAGAAUGAAAAAGGCUUUAAAUAGUAUAGUAGCUGAAAAUCAGGCAGCUUUUGUGGAAGGCAGAUCUUUAAUACAGAAUGUAUUGAUCUGCCAUGACCUUCUAAGGCACUGCAACAGGAAAACAUCCUCUAGGUGUUUGAUGAAGAUUGACUUGAGGAAAGCGUAUGACAUAGUAAGUUGGGAUUUCAUCGAGGAAGCUUUAAAGGGGUUUGGAUUCCCUGAUUCCUUUAGGAAAUUGAUUAUGGUAUGUGUUACCACAACAAAAUUCUCAGUAAAAGUAAAUGGGGUAGGACAUGGUUAUUUUGAAGGGAAGAGGGGCCUGAGGCAAGGUGAUCCUAUAUCCCCUCUCCUGUUUGUCUUGGUAAUGGAAUAUUUGUCAAGGGUACUCAGUAAGAUGAGUGAACUGCCUGAUUUCCGAUAUCACCCCAUGUGUAAAGCUACAAAAUUGACACAUUUGAUAUUUGCAGAUGAUCUUAUGAUCUUCUGCAAAGGGAACCUAAAGUCAGUAUCAAGAGUCAUGGAAGCCUUGAGUCCCUUUAGCAAAGUGACAGGAUUAGUGGCAAAUUUGGAUAAAUCAAACAUUUUUCUAGCUGGAGUAGAUGAUAAUACUCAGCAAGAGAUUCUGAAUAGGACUAGAUUUUUUAUUGGGUCCCUGCCCAUUAAAUAUUUGGGACUUCCACUUACAUCAAAGAAGUGGAACAGUAUGGAUUGUCAACAGUUAGUGGACCAGAUUACUAGCAGAAUAAAGGGUGCAUCAGAGGAGAAGAGGAAAGUAGCGAUGGUGGCAUGGGAUAAAGUUUGUGUACCAAAGAAGAAUGGUGGUUUAAAUAUAAAAAGGUGCAACAACUGGAACAUUGCAUCGGUUGGCAAGCUACUUUGGCAAUUAGCAGGCAAGAAAGACAUUCUUUGGGUUAAAUGGGUUAAUGGUAUCUACAUGAAAGCUGAUGUGGACAUCUGGGUACAUACACCACCAGGGGACUGCAGCUGGUACUGGAAAAAAUUGAAUUCUUUAAAGUCACAAAUGCAGGGCUGGUAUCAAAACAACAGAUAUACUUUAACUACAACAGGUGACUACUCUGUUUCCAGUAGCUAUCAGGCAUUGCUGGGUCCAAGGCCAAGACUAAGCGAGGCUGAUAUCAUAUGGAACUCAGUAAUGCUUCCAAAGCAAAGAAUGAUAGUGUGGUUGGCAUGCAAAGAGAGACUACUCACUAAAGAAAGAUUAACAAAGUUGAAUAUACAUGUUGUGGACCAAAAAUGCUGCUUGUGUGAUGGGACUAGGGAUGAAACACCAAGACAUCUAUUUGCUGACUGUAGCUGGAUCACUAAUGUUAGGGUAGCACUGAGCACCUGGUUGGGGAUUACGAUACAAAGCAAAGAUGUGUACAAUACAAUCAAGUGGAUCAAGAGAAGGAGAUGGAGGCGGGUAAAGAAAGAAACGGUAAGCGAGUAUGGGGAGCAAUGCUAUACUACACGUGGAAAGCUAGGAAUUGGAAGAUUUUCAAACAAGUAA